AAUUACCUGGAUACAGUCGAUGUAGAAGUUAUGGAAGCAACAAACCUUGUAGAUCGCAAUCAUGCUAUUUCAGAAGAUGAUAUGAUUUUUUAUUAUGCUCCACAUUGCGGUUAUGGUAUUUAUAAUAAUAUAAUUUAUUCACAUCGGAAUGCUAGAGAAUUAACGAGAAUUGUUAUUAUUGGAAAUAAUUUCCUUGAUUUCGAUCCAGUUUUGCUGCAGAAAUACGAACUUUUUGCUUUACUCAAAUUUAAAAGCGCUUGUCAGUGCAUUUGUUUUCCAAAAUUCUCCAAAGAUGACACAUCAUUUAAUCAUACUGCCAUACAUUAUUUAUCACAUUCUUCUUCAGUUCCUCAUAUUCAUUAUGAUGAAUCUUUGCAAAGUGGAUUGUCGAUGUUGAAUGAAGCGUGUAUAGCGGCUUCCAGAUUACUCAAACCAGUGCUUAAUUUUCAAGCCAUAUCGCAGAGGUUUUUGCCGAAGAGGGAGCAUCUUCCUCGUUUGUUUUGGGAUAAAGAUGAUCUGAAAAAAAAAGCGGAUGGGCAAUAUACCCAUAAACCUUUAGUUAUACGUCGUCUUGGUGGUCGAGAUCCCGUAACAGGUUAA